UACCCACCCAGAUAUGAUCACCCGAAAUAUCAGUUAUAAAAACCGGAUACUUCUUCUAGCCAGGGGCCACCGAACCGAUUAGAUCGUGGCGCCGACAUAGUACAAGUAGAAGACACUAGACAGUGAAACAGAAAAAGAAAUGGCUAUGAGAUCCGUGCUAGCAAGAGCAACCGCGCUGACUCGCUCGAUGGAGACGACUCGGGGUGCAACUCGCUACUUUAGCGACGGCAAAGGCAAGAUCCUGAGCGAGGAGGAGCGAGCUGCUGAGAACGUUUAUAUCCAGAAAAUGGAGAGGGAGAAGAUGGAGAAACUGAAGAAGAAAGCUGAAAAGGAAAAAGCCCAAAAAGAGAAAGAGAACGCCGAGAACAAAGCCGAGGGGACCCAAUGAGGUUGAACUGGUCAUCUGCACUAGCUAGCUGAUGAACUCUUGGAAUGAAGAAUAAAACUGUACAUGGUUCUAACUCUGAGGCGUGUUUAAGACUGGUUGUUGUAUAGUAUGUUCUUGUCUUCAAUCAUGUACGCAGUCUUUUAUCCAUCAAGAGUGGGUUAUCUGGUGGACUGAAAUCUUAAUAAACUCUCCUGUGUUUUCUGGAUAAAAUCAAGGUUUUUGUUAUUAAGAUUUA